UAUAAAACUCCGAUUAGAACUCCAGAAGCUCCUCUGGACUGUCGUCGCCCGGUCGCUCCGAUGGAAAUCCUGACGGGAUCGAAGGUCGUCCCACCUUCCUCAUCUCCCCUCUCCAUUUUCUCUCCCAAGAGAAGCUCCUUCUCCAGGCCUCUGUCUCUCCCCCUCGCCUCCUCCCAUAACGAGAAGAAAGAAGGUGAUGUUGAAUCGGACUCGAGGGAUUCGAGUGUAGCUCCGGUCAGGAAGGAUCGCAGCCUCUCGAUUUCGCCUCUCUCCAAGGAAACAGCGAUGGGGUUGGUACUGAAUGCAGCGGUGGGGAGAGGAUGGACAACUGGUUCGGGAAUGGAAGGUCCCCCUGUUCCUGUGGAGACAGAAUCAUGCUCGGAGAACACCUCCACUUUCCCAUUUUCGCUGUUCACUAAGUCUCCUCGGAGAAGGAUGCUUGUUGCAUUCACAUGUAACAUCUGCAAGCAACGGACAACCCGGGCAAUCAAUCCUCAUGCAUAUACAGAUGGGACAGUCUUCGUACAGUGUUGUGGAUGCAAUGCAUAUCACAAGCUUGUGGAUAAUCUUAACUUGUUUCACGAUAUGAACUGCUAUGUGAACUCCAGUUUCAACUACAGUGGCCCGAACCUGGAUGUAAAUUUCAACUUUCUUGACAGUGGUGAUGCCGAAGAUGACUUAUUCUCUCCUUGAUGAGGCAAGUUUUGUGCUUUGGACUGCUGUAUAGUCUACAAUACACAUUCAGCAAAAUCUAGAUUGCUGUCAUCUUUAAAUCAUGUGAAUAUUCAGUAGAUAUUUAUAUGAUUACAUCUUCUGAGUAAA